GGUUUAGAAUUUCACUUCAGCAGUUGAGGUAUCCACCGGCGACAGUCCAAUGGCAGAGCAUUCCGCGCCGCCCGCUGACCAACUCGCCGCCGUCACCUUGAACGACGAUGCUCCCACUUACAACUCUCUCAAAGCCGAAUUCUCUGACCGCGUUCCGAUCCGUUCAAUUGUCUCCCGGCCCGAUGGCGGCGCAGGCCUUGCCGGCCAGAAGGUUCGCGUUGGUGGCUGGGUCAAAACCGGAAGAAAGGCCGACAAGGAUGCGUUUGCCUUUCUCGAGUUGAACGACGGCUCUUGCCCGCAGAAUCUCCAAGUGAUCAUCGAAGCGUCUUUGGCGGAUCUUGGCCAGAUUGUCCCUACUGGAACCUGUGUUGUUGUCGACGGUGUCUUCAAGCUUCCUCCACCGGGUAAGCACCAGAAAGUCGAGCUUCGGGCUGAUGCUGUCGUUCAUGUCGGUUCGGUUGAUCCCGCUCGGUAUCCUUUGCCGAAGACGAAACUCACUCUCGAGUUUCUAAGAGAUUUCGUCCAUCUCCGCCCUAGAACCAACACGAUAUCUGCGGUUGCUAGAAUUCGAAAUGCACUUGCUUAUGCCACACACACAUUUUUUAACAAGCAUGGAUUUCUUUAUAUUCACACACCAAUUGUCACCACAAGCGAUUGUGAGGGUGCUGGUGAAAUGUUUCAAGUUACCACAUUAUUGAGUGAGGCUGAAAGGUUAGAAAAGGAGUUGGUUAAGAACCCACCUCCAUCAGAAGCAGAAGUAGAUGAAGCAAGGCAAAUUGUCAAGGAGAAAGGAGAAGCUGUUGCCAAGCUGAAGGCAUCUAAAGCUAGCAAGGAGGAAAUUGGUGCUUCUGUUAUGGAACUGAAGAAGGCAAAGGAGAAUGUUUCUAAGCUGGAAGAGAGAGCAAAGCUUAAACCGGGCAUUCCGGAGAAAGAUGGGAAAGUUGAUUAUGCAAAAGAUUUCUUUGCUCGACAAGCGUUUUUGACUGUUUCGGGCCAGCUGCAAGUCGAAACAUAUGCCUGUGCUCUUAGUAGUGUAUACACCUUUGGACCGACCUUCCGUGCCGAAAAUUCUCACACUUCAAGACAUCUUGCAGAGUUCUGGAUGGUUGAGCCUGAAAUUGCAUUUGCAGAUUUGCAGGAUGAUAUGAAUUGUGCGGAGGCAUAUGUGAGAUUUUUGUGUCAAUGGUUACUUGAUAACUGCUUAGAUGACAUGCAAUUUAUGGCCGACAAGUAUGACCGAACUUGUAUUGAUCGUCUCAAACUGGUCUCUUCAACCCCUUUCGUUCGAACUUCCUAUACGGAAGCUGUUGAAAUACUUGAAGAAGCUGUAAAGAAGGGUAAGGUGUUUGAGAACAAAGUGGAAUGGGGGAUUGAUUUAGCUUCAGAGCAUGAAAGAUACUUGACUGAGGUAGUAUUUAAAAAGCCCGUCAUUGUCUAUAACUAUCCAAAAGGAAUCAAAGCAUUUUAUAUGAGGCUCAAUGACGACUCGAAAACUGUAGCUGCAAUGGAUGUUCUUGUACCAAAGGUUGGGGAGUUGAUUGGUGGAAGCCAAAGGGAGGAGCGGUACGAGGUUAUUCGAGACAGAAUCAAGGAGGUAGAUUUGCCGCUCGAGCCAUACGAAUGGUACCUCGAUCUGAGACGAUAUGGGACAGUGAAGCACAGCGGUUUCGGCCUCGGAUUCGAGCGUAUGCUUCUUUUUGCCACUGGGAUUGACAACAUCAGAGAUGUUAUACCAUUCCCCAGAUACCCAGGACGAGCAGACCUAUGAUCAUAUAUAUUUACACUAAAGAGAUAUGUUGUUGGGUUUUAAUUUAUGCUCAUAAAUUUUGGAUUGGUGGGUUUAUUUUAUACAGAAACUAUUGCAUUUCAAAUGACUUCAAUUGGUUUGAUGUGUUAGAUAUUUUGGUACUAACAGAUUUUAAUUUGUUUACAGAGAAGAUUGUAAAAAGAAUGUAAAAGUGGAUCAAUGUCACAACAAGAGUCUAUUAUGGGA